ACAGACUACUGUUUGCCCCACUCCGGACGGAGCUUCUUUUACAGGCCAUUGCGCAGCGAAUGGAAGGUUGAAAGCGGCGGACAAGCUGAGAAUGGGUGGGAAAAUGGGAGGAGGAUUGGGCCAAUUACUGGCUGCAGUCGCGGCGACGCUGCUGCUCCGUCUUUUCUCCUCGCCGGGACCGGAGUUGCUUCCCGAGGGAGAAGACGAGGAUGAAAAAGGGAGCGCGCCGGUAAAGGGGAAAGUUGCGCCGGUCACUAUCAAAUGGAAAGGAAUUAAUUGCUCUAUAUCUGAUAAGUCCUCUAAAUCUGUCCGAUUUUUGCUGAAAAAUGUCAGUGGAGAAGCGAAACCAGGUAGAUUACUGGCAAUAAUGGGCCCGUCCGGAUCGGGAAAGACAACCUUGCUAAAUGUUUUGGCAGGUCAGAUAGUGGCAUCGCCUAGAAUACAUUUGUCUGGCCUCUUGGAGAUCAAUGGGCGUCCAUUCUCAAAUAAAACUUACAAGUAUGCCUUUGUCAGACAAGAGGAUCUUUUUUUCUCGCAGUUGACUGUUCGAGAAACACUCUCUCUUGCUGCUGAACUCCAGCUGCAGGACAUCUCUUCUGUGGAAGAAAGAGUUGAAUAUGUAAAUGAUCUGCUGUUCAAUCUUGGCUUGAUCAAUUGCGCUGACUCACGUGUUGGGGAUGCUAAAGUUCGUGGAAUCAGUGGUGGGGAAAGGAAAAGGUUGUCGUUGGCAUGUGAACUAAUUGCCAGUCCUUCAGUCAUUUUUGCUGAUGAACCUACUACAGGACUUGAUGCUUUCCAGGCCGAGAAAGUAAUGGAAACCUUAAGGAAACUUGCAGAAGAUGGUCAUACUGUCAUCUGCUCUAUACACCAGCCUAGAGGAUCAGUCUAUGCCAAAUUUGAUGAUAUUGUGCUACUUGCUGAAGGUUCACUUAUUUAUGCUGGUCCUGCCGGAGAUGAAUCCCUAGCUUACUUUGCAAAGUUUGGGUAUACUUGCCCUGAUCAUGUGAAUCCUGCUGAGUUUUUGGCUGAUCUCAUUUCAGUAGACUACAGUUCAGCAGAAAGUGUCAGUGCUUCUCAGAAGAGAAUAGAUGGUUUCAUUGAUUCAUUUUCUGAACAGAUGCAGCCCAUCCUGUAUGCUACUCCACUUACCCAGACAGAUGCUAAGAACCAGGCAGACUUAAGGAGGAAAACUAUCACCAAAAAGAAAGGUGGUUGGUGGAGGCAGUUCUGGUUACUCCUUAAACGUGCAUGGAUGCAGGCUUCCCGUGAUGGUCCAACAAACAAAGUUCGAGCUAGGAUGUCGGUAGCAUCAGCUCUUAUAUUUGGUUCAGUAUUUUGGAGAAUGGGGAGAUCACAAACUUCUAUACAAGAUAGAAUGGGAUUACUUCAGGUUACUGCUAUAAACACUGCAAUGGCUGCUCUCACAAAGACUGUAGGUGUCUUUCCCAAGGAACGUGCAAUUGUUGAUCGGGAGAGAGCCAAAGGAUCCUACUCGCUAGGACCAUAUUUACUUUCAAAACUAUUAGCUGAGAUCCCUGUAGGAGCAGCAUUCCCAUUGCUUUUUGGUACCGUUCUGUACCCCAUGACCCGCCUUCAUCCAACUAUGGCAAGGUUUGGUAAGUUCUGUGGAUUAGUGACUAUUGAGUCCUUUGCUGCAUCAGCAAUGGGGCUAACUGUUGGAGCUAUGGUUCCAACCACCGAGGCAGCUAUGGCACUAGGGCCGUCACUUAUGACAGUGUUCAUCGUGUUUGGAGGCUACUAUGUGAAUUCAGAGAACACACCAAUUAUCUUUCGCUGGAUUCCUCAUGUUUCCCUAAUUCGAUGGGCAUUUCAAGGGCUUUGCCUCAAUGAAUUCACUGGCCUCAAAUUUGAGCAUCAGAACUCAUACGACAUUCAAUCUGGCGAACAAGCACUCAAUCGACUCUCCUUUGGAGGCAGUCGAAUCAGAGACACCAUUACAGCUCAAACCAGAAUUCUUGUCUUCUGGUAUUACACCACUUACCUUCUCCUCGAGAAAAAUAAACCCAAGUACCAGCAACUCGAGCCACCACCAUCCCCACCCCCAUCGAAUCCAAUGCUCGAACAACCACCUGAAAGUGAUCCUCCUGAGGAACCGGAAUCUCCCAUUCCUGACCAAGGUGCCAACUAAUUCGGAGAUGAUGCCAUUACAAACCAGGUAGAGAAAAUGUGUCGCGGCAUACAAUCAGGGUGAGUAUUGAACUAUUUUAGAAGCCGGAAAAUUGUCGAAACUCGUCGAUGAUUUUUAGGUGAGAAAUAGUUAGCUAGCUUUCCAUGUAACUUAUUAACAGUUGGUGUUUAACUCAUUGGUAGAUUAUCAGUAGGUGCAUUUUGCUCUUCUAUUUGAACACUGCAAAUAUAUUUACCACUACAAUUUUAGUUUUGCUCUAUUCUCUAUUUAAAAUGAUGCAGAUUGUGUACUUUGCAAAAUUUCUUAUUUGUGGGAAAGAAGCAUUUGCUAUUU